AAGAGUUGUUGCUACUAACUGCAGGUCCUCAGUGAUCAUGGCUUUCCUCAAGCUUGGAAGACUAUGUUUCCUCCUGCUCAUGUUCAUGACCGUGGCAACAACGGCAAGUGGAUUCAAGAGAAAGAAGCGAGAGUGGAUUCUCCCACCAACAAAACUCAGAGAGAAUGUCGACUACACAAGGCAGGAGUUCAUUGCAAAGAUCCGGUCUGAUAAAGAUACUGAAGGCAAACCAUUUGAGUACAGCCUGCGAGGGCAUGGUGCUGACAAGGAGCCAUUUAACCUGUUUGUUGUCAACCCUAAAAAUGGCUAUGUCAGAAUCACAGGCAUUCUGGACAGAGAGAAAGUAUCACAGUACAACCUGACUGGGAUUGCUAAGUACAAAGAUGGGAGUCUGGCCGAGGAAGAAAUCCUGCUGAAAAUCCAGGUUGAAGAUGAGAAUGACAAUCCACCAAAGUUCAAGUUCUUUAAAGGGGCUGUGAGAGAAUGCAGCAAAAUAGGAACUGCUGUCAUGAAAAUAACUGCAGAGGAUGCAGAUGAACAGGGAACAGCCAAUGCCAAAAUUGCAUACAGUAUACUGAAGCAACUUCCAGAAAACACUGGCACCAUGUUCAGCAUUGACAGAGAUUCCGGGAAGGUCUAUGUUAAAGAACACACCCUGGAUCGAGAGGUGUUUGAUUCAUACACUUUAGUCGUGCAAGGUGUAGAUAUGGACGGAGCACCAAAUGGUAACACGGGAACUGGUACGGUGGAGAUUAAAGUUUUGGACAUCAAUGACAAUGUUCCUACUCUUGAAAAAGACGAGUAUGCUGGUGCUAUUGAUGAAGGUGCAAUUGAUGUGGUUGUGAUGAGAAUCAAAGCUCUGGAUAAAGAUUUGAAGAAUACCGAUAACUGGCUGGCCGUCUUUGACAUUGUCAAGGGUAACGAAGAUGAAAUCUUCAGUAUAGAAACAGACCCCAAAACAAAUGAGGGCAUUUUAAAGCUUAUCAAGCCUGUGGAUUAUGAAAAGGUCAAAAUGCUGGAUCUUGGCUUGGCCAUUUCAAACGUAGCACCUUUUAUAAACGGAACAGCACUGUCCUUGGGUAUCAGUUUAAAUUUGGACGGUCCUGAAGGACCUGGAAUCAGUGCUGGGGCAGGAGCUGGGGCAGGAGCUGGGGCAGGGGUAGGAUUAGGAGUAGGUGUAGAUGCAGAUGUAGAUCUAGAAGCAGGGUUAGGAUUAGGGGUUGGAGUGGGUGCAAAUGCAGGAGUGGAUGCUGGAUUAGAUGCAGGUCUUGGAGUAGAUGCAGACUUAGAUGUUGGAGCAGGUGCUGGUGUUGGAGUUAAACCUGGUGUCAAACCUGAUGCCAAGCCUGGCGCUAAACCUGAUGGCAAGCCUGGCACCAAACCUGGAACUAAACCUGGAUCUAAACCAGACAAAAAGCCAACAGCAGGAGGAAAAAGUUAUCCAAUAAAAAUCAGCGUAAAUAACUUGCCUGAAGGCCCAGGCUUUACACCAACAACGAAGGAGCUGCCUGUGUCAGAGGACCCAGAAGAACUACAUGUUCCCAUGGUCAUUGGUUCCUUUCCUGCCAUGGAUCUUGAUACUGGAGAAGUUGCUGAAAAUGUCAGGUAUGCAAAAGGAUAUGAUCCAGACAACUGGCUAUCCAUUGAUGAGGAGACAUCAGAAAUUAAACUGGUGAAGAUGCCAGAUCGAGAGUCAAAGUCCCUGGUUAAUGGAUCCUACAUCGCAAAGAUCCUCUGCAUGACACAAGAUGUGCCACCGAAGACAGCUACUGGAACAAUAUCUCUCAAGGUCAAGGAUUCAAAUGACCAUUGUCCUUCCCUGACCAGCACCUACCAGAGUAUCUGUUCUGAUUCUAAUGUGGUAAAUGUGACUGCUUUUGAUGAGGAUGUCUAUCCCAAUGGCAAACCUUAUAAAUUUGUUCUGGUUGAGGAGGAGACUCGUGGGAAAUGGGAGAUGGUAACUCUAAAUGAAACAACGGUGAGCUUCAUUGCCAAGGAGCCUCUCUGGCAAGGAUUUUAUGAACUUAGUUUGGAGAUUUUCGACAAACAGGGUUUGGGAUGUAAAGACAAACAAAAACUUCAAAUAGAGGUGUGCACCUGUGAAAAAAGUGGUUUAUGUAAUCUCAAUCUGGCCCAUCAGCGUGACUCUUCAGCCAAAGUGGGGUUUCCAGCCAUCGGAGUGCUUAUUGGAGUGCUAAUUCUGCUCAUGUUUAUUCCACUGUUGCUGUUAUUCUGCCAAUGUGGGACAUAUGGGGAAUUCUCAGAGCUGCCUUUCGAUACGAAAGAAUAUCUUAUCGAAUACCACACUGAAGGCAACGGGGAAGACAAGUCGCUGCCUCUGAUGUCCGCUCCUCUUGUGGCAGACCAACAAACUGUAGGAACUGUAGAAGCUGUUUGUAGCUCUCUUAACAAGGCCUCCAUGGUGCAAACUGCACAGAGCUUCGACACCAGAGUGCUCAGUAACGAGAUGAAUAGAGGGGUUAUGGAGAUGGACAACACAUUUGGAUAUCAACACAACACAAUGCAAGCUCAGCACGCCCUAAUGUCAACACACAGAAACACUCUCCACUCGGCAUCAUUUCGCCACAAGGUGCAUAGUGUUUAUGAUGAGAUGGCACUGCCGGAUGGGUUUCUCUUCGGAUAUUUCUCCCAGAAAGCAAGGUUUCUGGCUAGCGGUCCAGCUGACAGUAUGCUGAUGUUUAAUGAUGAAGGUCAAGACUCUCCUGUUGAAUCCUUAGAAUGCUGUAGUAUACUUGAGACUGAUAAUGACCUGGGUUUUCUCAAUGACCUGAACCAAAAAUUUAUGCAUUUAGCAUCAAUUUGCAGUCCACCACCACCCAAAUUAGAGCCACCCAAAUUAGAGCCACCAGAAUUAGAGCCACCAAAAUUAGAGCCACUCCUUAAAGUUGAACAAACUGUCCAGUCAUUGGAGACCAGCAUCAAAAGCAAGAGUUCUGUAGUGAGUAAUGCAGUUCAGGUUGUGAAAUCUGAUCAGCCUCCACCACAGCAGAGCACGGUUACAAAUGUUACCGAAACAAUCAAUGAAUCGAGCAACGUAAGUAUGACUCCUACACUGCUUAUGCAACAACAGCCGUUAUACUGCCUGGUGGAACAUCAGGCACCAAGUACUGUGUUUUUUGCUGAAGAGCCUGCACAGGGAAUGUACCUUAUAAAUGGGCUUGCAGGAGCUCAAGGGUUAAUUCUCCAGGGUGGUAAUAUACUACAGAACACUGUAGAACAACAAGGAAUGUAUUUAAUUGAUGGGAUGCCAAUGUUACAAGGUAAUUUAAUGUUUGGCAGCACUCCAAAUCUCGUCAAUGCAGGCAGUUUAGCUGUCCCUCCUAUGCUAGUGCAGGGAGAGAAAGGUGGCCCACAACAACCAGGGGAAUCGGAGAGCAAAACUGAUGCAGAUGCUGGAAAACCAGCAAAGUUGCAGCGUAAACCAAAGAAAUGAACAUGUACACUGACUUGCCAGUUUAAUAGAUACAUCCUUUAUCCUCACACCAACUGAACAUAUUCCCUUGUUUUAUACUGUAUAUCAAGCAAAUUCUUUCAAAUGUUUUUUGGAAAAUCAGGGUAGUGUGGAAUGGUACUGCAUAUCUGAACAUGAAGUUCUUCAUGGCAUCCAUUCUACAGUGAAUGCUGCCUUGUCACUUGCAGCACAUCAAAGUAUCUCAUUAACAAGACAUUUGCAACAUCGUUUAAAUGAGGUAGAAAACAUGCCUGUUCCAAUAUUCCAGUUCAAUACGAUGUCAUUCUCAUUAUAACGAUACAAGGGUUAUGAAGUUUAGCAAAAGUCAAUUGACAAAAGACAGAAAUAUGUGCCUAGACAGUGAAUCCAUGAUCAUCAGUCAAAACAUUAGAACCGCUUGUCUAAUAUUGCGUAGGUCUCACUUUUGCCAUCAAAACAGCUCUGACCCAUCAAGACACGUACUCCGCAUAACCUCGAAAGGUGUGCUGUGGGGUUUAACAACAUUGCAGAAGAUCCUGUUUUAAGAUAAGGCUCUUAAAUAUGCCAGGCUUGUUUGCCCAGAACAUCCCACAGAUGCUUGAUCAGAUUAAAGUCAAGACCUUUGUCAUUUCCUCAACAUUGUUUAGAUCCAUUAACUUGCUCAUUUUUUCUGCUUCCAACAUAGAGAACUGACUGUCCCUUGCUCCCACCGUAUAUAUAUUGACAGGUGGCAAUUUAAUGCGAUUAUCAAUGUGUCAAAGUGUACAGUGAAAUAAAUUAGCAUUAUUAUUCAUGCAAAAGCAUGCAAUAUGCAUUUCUGUCCAAUGCCUCCAGAGGAUAAUGCUGAUUUAAAGAUUACAGGAGGCACAACACACCUAUAAACUGGCAUCCAUGCUAUUUGCCUUCGCUGAACACCUUUUCGAUAUACAAGAGCAGUUAUAUGGCAAAGGUAGCACAGUAAUACAGAGGGUAGCAUUGGUUCUUUACAGCUUCAAGCUCCCUGGUUCCAUCCUGAGCUCAGGUUAUGGUUUGUAUGGAGUGUCUGUUCAUAUUCUCUUCAUGUUUGCAUUGGUUCCCUUCGGGUUCCUUCAAUACUCAAACAAAUGCCAUUAUGUGGAUUAGAUUAAGAUAAAUUCCCCCUUAGGUAUGCAUCAGGCCCUAUGAUGGACUGGUGUCCCAGGAUUCCUUCUGGAUUCACAAAUGUAUGUGAGGAUGUGAGUUAUAUGGCUAAUAUACACAUUUUUCGCUAUUUAACGUAUUUAACGCUGUCUGAACACAUGCUUCAAUAGAAAUUAUUAUGCAUGAGAGAAAUCUGACAUUUUCUACAAAGUUGAUAACAUGAUCCAUAUCACACAUUUGCUUACAUUCAAAUUGAGACCUAGAAGUAGUACAAAGUUAUUAAAUAGUAUUAAAUGUAAUAAUAUAAAUAUACUUCUAUAAAUAUAAUAUUAUUAUUAAAUAUUAUAUUU